AUGUCCGACCAUCUCGGCAAGGAUAUGCGCAAGGUGAAGGACGACAAGGGCACGGACAAAGAAGAGAAGGACAUUGUCCCGCUGGACAAUGCGGACAUUCAACUGUUGCGCAGCUACGGAUCCGGCCCUUAUGCGAAGCGCAUCAAAGCCGUAGAGGGCAGGAUUGCCAGCACACUGAAGAGCAUCACCGGGCUGAUGGGCGUCAAGGACUCUGACACUGGUCUCGCCCAGCACAGUCUCUGGGACCUGGUGGCGGACAAGCACGUGAUCACCAAUGAGCAUCCGCUGCUGGUCGCCCGCUGCACCAAGAUCAUCAAGGCCAGUGAGAGGCCUCCCGACAUGUACAUGAUCAACGUCCGCCAGUACGCCAAGUUUGUGGUUAAUCUCGAUGACAAUGUCGCCCCGACGGACAUUGAGGAGGGCAUGCGUGUGGGCGUGGAUCGGGUUAAGUACACAAUCAAGCUGCCUCUGCCGCCAAAGAUUGACCCAACCGUGUCGAUGAUGCAGGUUGAAGAGAAGCCCGAUGUCACUUACUCCGACGUGGGCGGCUGCAAGGAGCAGAUUGAAAAGCUGCGAGAGGUGGUCGAAGCGCCGCUCCUGGAGCCGGAGCGUUUCGUCAAGCUGGGCAUCGACCCGCCUAAGGGCGUUCUGCUGUACGGCCCGCCGGGCACUGGAAAGACACUGUGCGCCCGUGCCUGCGCCAAUCGCACCGACGCCUGCUUCAUUCGCGUUAUUGGCUCAGAGCUGGUGCAGAAGUACGUCGGAGAGGGAGCCCGCAUGGUCCGUGAGCUCUUUCAGAUGGCCCGCUCAAAGAAGGCGUGCAUCAUCUUCUUUGACGAGAUUGACGCCAUCGGCGGGGCACGCUUCGACGACGGCGCCGGCGGCGACAAUGAGGUGCAGCGCACCAUGCUCGAGCUGAUCAACCAGCUGGACGGCUUCGACUCGCGUGGCAACAUCAAGGUGCUCAUGGCCACCAAUCGACCGGACACACUGGACCCGGCACUAAUGCGCCCCGGGCGGCUGGAUCGGAAAAUCGAGUUCAGCCUGCCCGACCUGGAGGGACGAACGCACAUCUUCAAGAUUCACGGCCGCUCGAUGAGCGUCGAGCGGGACAUUCGCUUUGAGUUGCUGGGCCGCCUCUGUCCGAACUCAACCGGGGCGGACAUUCGCUCGGUGUGCACCGAGGCGGGCAUGUUCGCCAUUCGCGCCCGCCGCAAGCUGGCCACUGAGAAGGACUUUCUCAACGCCAUUCAGAAGGUGAUCAAGCAGUACGCCAAGUUUAGCGCCACUGCCCGCUACAUGAUGCACAACUAA